GCUCUACCGCUUUUAGCGCCCCGCCGGAUUCGCGGACACACUCGGUCACACUCGACCGAGUAAGACACACGAACCAUGCACGUCAGCAGGACCGCUCCUCUCUUCGUGGCGCUAAUAGCGCUGCUGGCGCCGGCCGCGGCCGCUCCAGCCACCCAGAAUGAACAAGACCCAACCACCACGACCACCACCACCACUCCGAAGAAGGGCCUGCUGGGAGGCGUCAGGUCCGCCAUCGGCUCCGCCGCCAACAAGGCCUCCAACGCGGCCAACACGGCCACCCGGUUCGCCACGACACUCAGCACGGACGAUGAGCUCUGCUAUGACAUCCUGGGCUGCUUCUCGCUGCGGGCGCCCUGGGUGUCGCCCCUGCGGCCUGUCCCCAAGCCCUCGUCCCCCGAGGACAUCGACGUCAAGCUGUACCUGUACACCAGGAAUCACCGCGAGCGCUACAACGUGACCACGUUCCCGAACAUCGUCCUGGACGGCAGCGACUACGACGGCGGCCGGCCGACGUUCUUCGUCGUGCACGGCUUCUCCAGCGACGGCAACGCCACCUGGCUCAGCGACCUCAAGGACGCGCUGCUCGGAAAGGUCGACGGCAACGUGUUCCUGGUGGACUGGGGCAAGGGCGCCAACGACGGCACCUACCUGCAGGUCGCCGCCAACACGCGCGUGGUGGGCGCCGAGGUGGGCAGGCUGGGCCGCUACCUGGUGGACGCGAAAGGCGCCAAGGCACGCGACUUCCACUUCCUGGGGCACAGUCUGGGCGCGCAGAUCUCGUCCUACGCCGCCAAGAACAUCACCAACGUGGGACGCAUCACAGCCAUGGACCCGGCCCAGCCCCUGUUCGAGAACCUCGACAAGAUCGUCCGCAUCGACACCUCGGACGCGGACUUCGUGGACGUGAUCCACUCCAACGCCAAGCCCACCAUCCCCUUCGUGGGCUUCGGCAUGAUGCGCCCCGUCGGCCACGUCGACUUCUACAUGAACGGCGGCGCGGACCAGCCCGGCUGCGAGACCCCCAAGCUGGACUCGCUCAAGAGCAUUGGCGACCUCGCCAAGAUCCCCAUCAAUGUGAUCGGCAACCUGGUGGCCUGCUCCCACGGCCGCUCCUACGAGUACGUCACGGAGGCCAUCAAGAGUCCGUGCCGCAUGUGGGGCCACAAGAUUAACCUCGCCCAGCAGCUGCUCAAUCUCGGCUCCAUCGGCCGGCUCAGCAUCAUCACGACCAACGGCAAGUGCAAGACGGGCGAGUGCACUCCCAUCGGCCUGGACACGCCCGGCUACCCCACCAGGGGCACCUUCGCCGUCGGCACCGCGCCCUCCAUGCCCUACUGCGUGCCGGACACCUCGGACGACGGGCAGCAGCUCGAUGAGUUGGCUAAACUGGGCGCCCUGGGCGGCGAAGCUGAAGGGACCACGGCGUCCGCUGGUCUGAAGGGGAAAAUCGGCAAGCUCAUAGGAUAGACGUAUUAUUUACAAAUUAAAAAAUAUACAAAAUUA